UGCUGUGGGCGGAUUGAGAUCUCAACCACUCAACUUGUGGCUGUUUAUUUAAACCUCACUUUGUGCUUAGACUAUGCAGCAGGAGCGCUUGGUAAAGGUGAUAGUUAUAGGGGACCUGGGUGUGGGGAAGACGGCCAUCAUCAGGCGCUACGUGCACCAGGUUUUCUCUCAUCAUUACCGAGCCACCAUCGGAGUGGACUUUGCGCUCAAAGUGCUGCACUGGGACCAGGGCACCGUCAUCCGCCUCCAGCUGUGGGACAUCGCCGGACAGGAGCGAUAUGGCAACAUGACUCGUGUGUACUACCGUGAAGCAGUAGGAGCACUAGUGGUCUUCGACAUGACCCGAGCCUCCACUUUCCAAGCUGUACUUAAAUGGAAAGGUGACCUGGAUGCUAAAGUGGCCCUCUGUAAUGGUCAGCCGGUGCCAGCUGUCCUGCUGGCAAAUAAGUGUGACCAGCAGAGACAGGGCCUAUGCGCCAAAAUACCCAAGCUGGAGAGUUUUUCUAAAGAGCAAGGAUUCCUGGGAUGGUAUGAGACAUCUGCCAAGGAUAACACAAACAUUGACAAAGCCAUCAUGUGCCUGGUUGAGCACAUCAUGGCGGGUGAUGUUAAGAAUCCUGCAGCUGACUCAGACCCCAGUCGAGUGAUCCUGCCUACGUCUGACUACAAGCUCCACGAACGCCACCAAUCCACCUGUUCAGCUUGUUCCAGACCUCACACACCUCCCACAGAGCAUGAGCAAUUAUAACAGCAGAGAAAAUCGACAUAUGUAAAUUACAUUUCUGUAAUUAAAUGCUAUUGGUGAUGACUUAUUAUUCAUGCAGACGCUUCUUGUUUAUACAUGCAAUGCACAUUUACUAUAAACUUGUUCUAAAGACUUGAUGGUUUUUGCAUGUAGAUGGUGUUUUGCAUUUGGAACAUCAAAAUGGUCAUGGAAAGUUAAACGACAGUUAAAUGCUUAUAAAGAGGACCUGGUUUUUUGAGUUGUACAUUUUUUACUUUUGCUGAACUAAGCAAGACAGCAGGACUGUUGAGGAAACUGAGGACAAACUGUUAACACCACUGUCAAAAAAACAUGUCACCAGUUGAAAAUGCUGCCUAAAGCACCAUCACCACAGAGUACACAGUGUCUUAUACACUGUAAUCCAGGGCAAAUUCUAUGGGGGGAAAAUUGUUUUAUUAGUACUUGUAACUGUUUAGGUAAUUAAGUAUUUAUAUAAAAUUUUAAAAACUUUUGCUGCGAAUUUAAAUAGAAAAAAAUGUUAUAGCCUUAACUGUCAACACAUGUUGUUUCAAUGUGUGAAAAUGAUAAGGAAGUGGUCAUACUGGGCAAAACAUUAUACUGUUGAUGUAUAAUGAGAGUUUAGGGUAAUGGUUAGGGUUUAUGAGUUGAAUACAAAUCUGAUUGAACUGUGAUAUCCUUAUGGAUUCCUACCUGGAUCUGUUUCAAACCGAUCUGUUUUCCAUUUUAUACUGUGUGAAUGUUUAUAAGUGAAAUCGUCCAGCCUUAAAUUGUAAGUGUGUGUGUGUGUGUGGAAGACACUAAGCAGGUGCCUGCCUGCUGUUUAAAUCUGUCCCAAGCUGUUAAUGCUGCAUAUCUGAAUGGUAAAGCUGCUCUGCUGAAGUGUUAAUGGUGUUAUAACCCAUAUGUCCCUGUGCAUUGUGUAACUUAGAAGCACUGGCAGACACACCAUCCCUCCUCUUUGCUCUCCAUAAUUUUAAGAUGGUCACAGAUGUUCCCAGCUCUAAAAAUACUCCACGGAGACUAAAUAAUAGGUGUUUCUGAAAUGUAUGUUUCUGUCUGUUGAAUGGGUGCUAAAAUGUUUGCCUGCAUCUGGACAGCAGGUCUAUUUGUGACCUAAUUGUAAUUUGGACCGAUAUCAAUGGCCCAAUUCUGCAUGUACGAGCGUAGCGUUUUGUGUGAACUGAAUACAGACAAGCAUCUGUUUCAAUGACCUUUCAGCGCCAUUUCUUCUAAAGUUAUAAUGGCAUCAUUUGCAUUAUCAAAUAAAGCAGGAGGAAAGUCAUUUAUUCAAUA